AAGCUGAUUGGCCGAGGCCUAGCAAAGAGUGGCCGGGGAUCCAAAACUGCAGGCCGCACUUAGCUUACCGUCAAAAAUAAACCAAAACAAUAACAGACAAUUCUGAGAAGGGGGAGAAACACCGAUAGAGUCGGAAGACGACGUUAUCAGAGUGGUUGAUUACCUUGAUGGAAGGAGGCACCUCCACUAUCCUCUUGGUUUUAUUGUAAAGGUUUUGUCAUCCAAUGUGAAGUCUUUUUUUACGGAAUAAAGACAUGGAUCAAGGAGGAGGGGUGUUGGAGCUACACACUCAGGAGCUGAAGAUGCCCCAUGCUAUGAUCAUGCAAGACUUUGUUGCAGGCAUGGGUGGUCUGGCUCACAUCGAUGGGGAGCACAUUGUGGUGUCCGUACCUGAGGGUAUGCUUCUCUCGGAUGUGAUGACGGACGAGGGCAUCCUCCUGGAGCACGGACUUGAGGUGGAAGGUCUGGAGACUCAAGUGGUUCAAGGCUUGGAGACGGAGGUGGUCGAAGGACUUGAGACCGAAGUGGUGGAGAGCUUACAUGCCGAUGUGGAUGGCUUGGAGGCGGAAGUUGUUGAUGGGCUCCAGACGCAUGUGGUAGAGCUGGAGGCUCAGGUUGUGGAGGGACUAGAGGGUGAGGUGGAAGUGGAGGGUCUCGAGGCGCAAGUGGUAGAGGGCCUGGAAACUGAGGUAGAUGUGGAGGGCCUGGAAGCUCACGUUGUCGAAGGCCUUGAGGAAGAGGUGGAAGUGGAAGGCUUAGAAGCUGAGGUUGUGGAGGGUCUUGAGGUAGAUGUGGAAAGUCUUCAGUCUCAAGGGGUCGAGGCUCACGAAAUGACGAGUGAAGACAUGGUGUCGUCAGAACACAGUGUGAUCAUGCCCGAGAAUAUUCUGGGGACAGAAGUUGCGAUAGAGGAAGCUCUGGAUGCCCAUCACCACCACGUCCUAACCUCGCGCCUCAUCCAAGACUCAAACCACCAUCAUGACGACAUGUCAGACCAGGUGUUUGUGGCAGAGCUGCUGUCUGAGCACCAGGACAGCACACUGGACCACCAGCUUGUGUCACAAGGGUUGAUGGUGACAGAGGCCAACUCUGAGACGAUAAUCCACGAACAGCUGCCAUCUGAAGCUGUGCCCCUCCAAACAGACGAGGACGAUGAUGCAAGAAGCAGCUCUGAGGAUUACCUUAUGAUAUCUUUGGAUGAAGUGGGAGAGAAGUUGGACAUAGGAGACACACCUCUUGAGAUCAGCACUGAGGUGAUGGAAGACAAGGAAUCCAAAGAAGAGGACGGCUCUGAAGUCAUCAAAGUCUACAUUUUUAAAGCUGAAGCGGAUGAUGAUUUAGGUGGCACAGAGGUAAUAACGGAGGAUGAUUACCAGAAUGGACAUCCUGAUCUGGAAGCAGCAUCUUCAGGCAGACUGGGCGUUGGACGUGACAAGAUGGUCUACAUGGCGGUCAAGAACCCUCCAAAAGAAGAAGAGGAUGAUGAGGAUGACAGUGAUGAUGAUGACGACGAUGAUAUUAAUAACACGAUUGAACAGGUGAAGAAUGGAGCUUCUACACCUUUUCUGCCAAUCCGCCAGGGAUUGGGCCCGAACCGUGCCCUCAAACCUAAGGCUAAGAAAAAGAAGAAAGGAGAAACACGACAGUGUCAGACUGCUGUUAUCAUCGGACCAGAUGGAAUGCCUUUGACCGUCUACCCUUGCCACAUCUGCGGAAAGAAGUUUCGCUCACGGGGUUUCCUCAAAUGCCAUAUGAAGAACCACCCGGACCAUCUGCUCAAGAAGAAGUACCAGUGCACGGACUGCGACUUCACCACCAACAAGAAGAUCAGUUUCCACAACCACUUGGAGAGUCACAAGCUGCUAAGCCAUAACAGUGAGCGGUCUCCAGAAUAUACCGAGUACACGCGGCGCUAUCACGAGUCCAGCCCCCUGGGCUCCGACAAGCUCAUCGUCAAGGACCGGGAGCCUAAACUGCAUCACUGCAAGUACUGCGAUUACGAGACAGCCGAGCAGGGUCUGCUUAACCGCCACCUGCUGGCCGUGCACAGUAAGAACUUCGCACACGUGUGCGUCGAGUGCGCCAAAGGCUUCCGUCACCCAUCCGAGCUGAAGAAACACAUGAGGACCCACACAGGCGAGAAGCCCUACCACUGCCCGCACUGCGAGUUCCGUUGCGCAGAUCAGUCCAACCUAAAGACUCACAUCAAGAGCAAGCACGGCGCGGAUCUGCCUUUCAAGUGCAGCCACUGUCCCCAAGCCUACGCGGACGCACGGGAGCUCCAGCGUCAUAUAGAGAUGGUGCAAGGCCACAAGACCCACCAGUGCCCACACUGUGAGCACAAAAGCACCAACUCCAGUGACCUGAAAAGGCACAUUAUCUCGGUUCACACCAAGGACUUCCCUCACCAGUGUGACGUAUGUGAGAAAGGCUUUCACAGGCCCUCAGAAUUGAAGAAACACGCGGAAACGCACAAGGGCAACAAGGUGCACCAGUGCCGGCAUUGUAACUUCAACGCCCCCGACACUUUCACCCUGAGUCGCCAUAUCCUGUCCUUGCACACAAAGGACCUCCCGUUUAAGUGCAAGCGCUGUCGGCGAGGCUUCCGGCAGCCCGCCGAGCUGAAGAAGCACAUGAAGACACACAGUGGUAGAAAGGUUUAUCAGUGCCAGUAUUGUGAGUAUAACAGUACGGACGCUUCUGGCUUCAAACGCCACGUUAUCUCAAUUCACACCAAGGACUACCCCCACCGCUGCGACUACUGCACCAAGGGCUUUAGGAGGCCUUCAGAGAAGAGCCAGCACAUAGCCAGGCACCACAAAGACAUGUUGAUGUAACGUCAUGACACACAAACACACUCCUCUUUCCCCAGUAAAUCUGUGUCACACACCCAGAGGUAAUUUUAGUGUAUUAACAAAGACUGAUGAAUGACUGAUGCAGGCAGUUGGCGAAGAUGACAUUAUAAUUGCUGUUCUGUGUUGUAUUGGGUGUAAACCUCCUCCUCCUCCUCCUCCCCCAAGGAGUAACGCAAGAACACAUUUUAGAUGGGGGUGAAGUCUGAAAAAGACAGUGUGUACACUGAGUGGGACAACUGUAAAUUAUGUUUUUGUUUUGUUGCAGAAAAUCACUUAUGAACAUAUAUUCAGGGUUUCAAAUGUCUAUAUUUUUAUACCCACUCAGCUGAAAUGCUGCGAGAUGACGACUGCGUCUUGUAAAACAGAAAGCGUUGCUCCGUGAACGUUGCUAGUUCUUCAGAUCACGUGGAAAGAGUACAGGGGAAGGUUGCCUCCAUAGCACCAGUUAGUAUCUGUUCCGUAUUAACCAGCGUUUACCCCAACAUUUGUUUGCAUUGUUAUCUGGUUUUUAACGGACUGGGCCAUUCACAAGUCCAAAAUGUUUUUUUUUUUUUUUUUUUGUUUUUUUUUUUCCAGUGAUGUUGAUAAGAAGAAUGCAUCUUGAAAAGACAUUUCAAUAAAACCAACAGUACGUUCUCUGGCCCAAACACUCAAGAGUCAUGUAUAAAUAAUCUGGACUAUAUCGUGUUAAAUAUGUCUUAAAGUUCAAAUCAUACAUUUUCUGAUCUGAUCAACAGUGUCCAGUUAGAUGGAGGUGCAGCUGGUGUAUUAGAAUAUCUCUUUUAGUGUACACAUUUCUGACACAGAAAUCUGCGCUGAUGGUGCAGAUUGUUGACCGGUAUUAACUUGACAGAUGGUAACGUUUUAAAUAACCCCUGAAAUGGUUAUAUCUGACAGCUACUGCAAGCUGGCGUGUGUGUGACUACCUAUGACACAGGUGUAAUCUUCAGCUAACCAUUGCAAUCAUGCCUUACAUCUGUUGGUCUUUAUCCCCUAAGCACUGAUGAACACAGCUAAUCAGAAAAUAAGUGAUUUUUAACUCUCAAACAUGCUGUAUCAAUGCCAUUCUCUCAGAGAUUAUGUGUUUGAGUCAGUAGAAAGCACUUUAAUAUUUUUCUUUUCUUUGUAUUUUAAUGACAUGUAUGAGAGUUUAUUAUCUAAGGAUGUGGCUAUAUAAAUACAUAUACCCCUUGAUAAUGAACGCGUACAGAGCUUUGUGAGUGGGUACCGAUUGUUUUGAGUGUAAUCGCUAGCAAAGUGGGCACGAUCCGUCACUGCACCCCGAGUUGUCAUUGAAAAGUGGUGGGUGAAACCAUUUAUUGUUUUGUUGUAUGGAUAAGUGAUUGGGUUUUGUGUUUUGUUUGUGCUCACUAACAAGUUUCCCCAGACACUAGUCCUACAGUCCUGAAUAACCCGACCCAAUCCCACCAGUGGGAUUAUUUCCUUGCAGUUGGUGGUCAUCAUAUUGGCAUUAGUCUUUUAAAGUAUGCACAUAUGCUGUCUCCAUGAAAUUAAUUGUGGUAUAUAUUAAAAAUCCCUGCAUUUCGUGUACCUUAGUCUAUAAUUUCUUUCAGUCUGAUUGUGGAUAAACUACUGGUGGGGAAGAACCAAAAUAAACAAUUAUCUUUUUA